AUGCCUGCUUCAAAGUCUAUGAAACCAAAAACUACUCGCUAUAAUGCGAUUGAAACUCGCCCGAGUUCAGUUGAAAAGAAUAAUUCUUCUGAAACUCAGGCAACUGAGUUAGAUAUACAGAAACAAGAGUUUAAAAUGAUGAUUUGCGUCAUUGAAGAGGCGAUUAAACAAAGGAAAGAGGACAACAAUGGCCCUUUCUAUGAGCUGAUUCGUCAAAUAAGCAAUUCUUCGAAUAUUAAUCCAAAUCCAAAGAAAUUAAAGAUUUGGUGUUUAGCACUCUCUCGAACUUCACAUAAAUUCGAUGCAACUUGUUCAGAUCUCGUUUAUACUUUAUUGAAUUUAAAUUGGGCAGAUCACGACAAUAAUUUGGCCAUAGCAUAUGUAAUUUUGUUAACCAAUUUAGUGGCCGCUUAUCCGUCUUGUACUGAAGCCAUGUUGGAAAUGUUAGUCAAAAAUUUUCUUUAUAAGGAGGAUAAAGAACUCGAAGUACUGGAAAUGGAAAAGGCACAUGGCAAGGUACAUUAUGCGAUUAAAAAUCUUGUUCCUAGGAUACCGCAGGGAGAAAAAGAACUUUUUCAUAUAUUAUAUAGGGGAUUUCCGCACAAACGAGAAUCUCUUGGAGCAUAUAUAGUGUACGUAAAAAAUUUACUGCAACUGAUUGAAUAUUCACCCUCCUUACAACAUAAAAUCUUGACUCUAAUAUUCGAACGUAUGAUUGAACUUGAUACCGAAGUUCAAGGACAAAUCGAUGAGAUUGAAGAUAUGGAAGAAGGUCUAGAUGAAUUUAAUGUAGGCCUUUACAGUACUCGAUGCGGAUCGACUGAUUUUUACAAAUUAAGACCUGAUUUUGAAGACUAUAAUGACGUAAACGCGGAGUAUUUUGAUUUGGAUAUCGAAGAUUCCGCACCUGUUGUUAUUGCUGUUGAUAUUGCAAACGGAAUCCAAAAAUUGGAUUGUAUUAUCAAACUGAUUUUGGACUACCUAGACUAUUCUCAUAAAAACGGAACCCAAGAACAACGAAUGAAAUUAACCGAAACUAUCUUCACGAUAUUCGAGAAAUUUAUAUUAUAUACUAUCAAAUCACGAUAUAUACAAUUUAUACCAUUUUGGUAUUUCUCAUUGGAUAAAAUGUAUGCGCGUCGAUUCAUCAAAUUACUUCUCCAUAAAUCAAUCAACGAUGAAGGAAAGGAAAUCAUUCAAAAAGCUGCUACACAAUACAUUGCAUCAUAUAUUGCCCGUGCAAGAUAUUUGGAUGUUGAUGAUGUCAUGCAAUGCAUGCGCGCAUUAACACAAUGGGCAACAGAGUACGUUACGACACAUAAAAAUAUCAUUCGUAUCUCAGAUGAGUCGAAGCAUGAAAAAUUUUAUCGCGUUGUACAAACGGCGAUGUACAUUUUUUGUUUUCGGUGGAAAGACUUUUGUGAAAUCAAUUCGGAAAACAAAAUUUGGAGCAAAGAAGCAGAAGAAUUAAAGGAAAUUAUUGGAUCAAUUUUUUGCCCUUUAAAAUGUUGUGUUAAGAAUACGGUUAAGAUGUUCUCCUUCAUUUCAAAAGCCGUAGGGUUUAUGACUUGCGAGGAGUAUACUCGUAUAGACAAUAGAAAUUAUUCUAUCUUAUCAAUGGAGGAAUAUUUCCCAUAUGAUCCUUUCCGUCUAAAAACUUCACAAGCUUAUUUGGAAGGAUUAUAUCAAGUUUGGGAGGGAUUCCCAGAAGGAUUAAAUGAGGAGGAAUGA